AUGGCGCUCCUGUCCUCUACACUCCUUCUCCGCACACACUCCCUCACCCUCCUCACAUGCGCCUACUACCUCCUGACCUCGCCCACAUCCCUCCUGUCCUCGACCCCCAUAUGGCUCCUCGGGGAGAGCAUGAGCGUCCGUCCCGCGGGAUAUGCCCUGGAAAUAACGCCCAAUGACGCGAGCACACGAAUGAGCAAGAACACCAACGUGAAAGGCCGGCUCGCGGGACAGGGAAGGGGAACAGGGCAGCCCGAGAGGGAACUGUUCGCGUUUCUGGCGCUGGUGGUGGUGGUUUAUGCGGUCACGCAGUUUCUCUUUGCGGGGGACCUCUCCAUGCUUCAGAGUACCGCUGCUACUACCGCACCCUCGUCGUCUUCAACGCAAGCGGCGUCGUCGAGAGGCACGGGCGUGAGCAGCCCCCGCAACGACUCCCCUGCAAAGUCACCCUCGCGCUACGCCGAAGAGCUGCACACCCUCCUGACAGCCCAAUCGCGCUGGCUCACGCUCUCGGCGAUACACGUCUUGGCCUCGUCAACGUUGGUGUUUUGGAUUUACAUGUUCCACUCGCAUUCUGCCUCGGAGUCAUCAUCUGCAACAACACCUGUGGGACUCGCAGCCGCUGUCGAGGCAGAUGAACUGGCACUGCUUAGGGCAGAAGAGAGAGAUGCGCUGGCGCUGGAAGCAGCAGCAGAGGCAGAUGAGGACACACUGGCAGCGCUGCUUGCGGCGGAGGUGGUUGCACCGCCGGCCGUGCUGGAUCCAGACACGGAGGACGAGGAGGUUGCGCUGCCGCUGGACGUCGAGGUGCAGGUUGCCGAUGCAGGCUGCAGAAGACAGAAGGUUCAGCUAGACCAUCCCGAGGCGUGGACUGAAACCGGAAGAUGA